CGUCCCUCUCGCACGAGACCGGGUCAGGGUGUCUUUGGCCGCCUUGUUCGGGGUCGCUGUUGUUGUCGCCGUCGCCGAAGCGAAAGCUGAGCAUCACGCCGGCGCGGAGCCACAGCUGGGGUCUGGAGGAGAAGAUGCCUCAUGAGCCGCUCCAUCAUCGUCAGCGCGCCGGCUCAGGGCACCCCGGAUGCCGCGUGACUCAGAGAUGCCGAGGCGCCGCAGCGCCAGGUGGACCGCGGCGUCGGCGCUGCUAGCCGCCGCCGUAGGCGGCGUUUUCUUCUUCUGCGAGUAUCUCAUCUAUUUCCCGGCCAUCCUCAAGUGCGCGUGGCCGGCGAGCGGCGGGGCGCGCGGCGGCGGCGAGGCCGUCGACGGCCCGCCGGCGGCUUCGGCGGCUCUCCGCGCCAUGGUGCUGUCGGACACGCACCUCCUCGGAGCCGUCGGGGGGCACUGGUUCGACAAACUGAGAAGGGAAUGGCAGAUGGAGAGGGCUUUCCAGACCGCGGUGUGGCUGCUGAGGCCGGAGGUGGUCUUCAUCCUGGGGGACAUCUUCGACGAGGGGAAGUGGAGCUCUCCGACGGACUGGGAGGAGGACGUGCGCCGCUUCCACAAGAUGUUCCGGCAUUCCUCCGACACCGAACUGGUUGUUCUGGUUGGGAAUCACGACAUCGGUUUCCACUACGAGAUGGACUGGUUUAAGCUGCAGCGCUUCGAGAAGGUCUUCAACGCCACCUCCACCCGGAUUGUCUCCAAGAAGGGAGUCAACUUCGUACUGGUCAACAGCGUGGCCCUCCAUGGCGACGGGUGUCCCAUAUGUCAGUCGGUGGAGAAGGAGCUGAUCAAACUCUCCAGAGAUCUCAACUGCUCUCUUCAGAGUCCUCCACCCAGCGGCGGUGCGAAGGAAGGCUGUGCCGGCUCGCAGAGCUACCCCCCCACGCCGCCCAUCAUGCUGCAGCACUAUCCUCUGUACAGGGUGAGCGACGCCAGCUGCACCGGGCAAGACGCCGCGCCGCCCGAAGAGCGCCAUCUGCUGUUCAGAGAGAAGUACGACGUGUUGUCUAAGGAGGCCUCCCAACGGCUACUCCAGUGGUUUAAGCCCCGCCUCAUUCUCAGUGGCCACACCCACAGCGGAUGUGAGGUCCUCCAUGACAGCAAAUACCCGGAGGUCAGCGUGCCGUCGUUCAACUGGAGAAACCGCAACAACCCCAGCUUCAUCCUGGCGUCGUUCUCCAGUAGCAGCUACGCACUGUCCAAGUGCUUCCUGCCGGAGGAGAGCACGGUCAUCUCUGUGUACUGCUCGGCGGGGGCCUGUCUCCUCUUCCUGCUCCUGGCCCACUGUCUGUGGAUGAAGGGCCUGCUGCAGUGUUUAAGUCUUUGUCUAUUAGGGAAGCACAAGUCUCUGUGAACGGCAUUACCCAUCCCACCGAGGACCUAUCCCUUCAACGGACGUUUUGUAAAUACUAGAAUUUCAGGACUCGGAAAUGUGGUGUUCCUCUACCAAAUGGGCCAAAAACGUUUGUUCGUUUCCAACAGGAUUUUAUUGUGGAAAUGUUGUCCUUGUGAUACAUGAAAUUUAUAUUUUAGAUGUUUUUAAGAAGGACUGAAACUUGUUUAUUUGGUGGUGCUGGCAGUGAUGUGGCUGCGACCACAGGCUGCUGAAGUGGGACAAAUAGCUGCUGCAAAUUCUUCCUGGCGUCCGUUUUAUUGUACGUGGGAUGUAUUGAAUUAGGGCAGUUCAGACAGACAGACAGACAGACAGACAGAGAGAGAGAGAGAGAGAGAGAGAGAGAGAGAGAGAGAGAGAGAGAGAGAGAGAGAGAGAGAGAGAGAGAGAGAGAGAGAGCCAGAGCCAGAGCCAGAGCCAGAGCCAGAGCCAGAGCCAGAGCCAGAGCCAGGUACUCGAUUCGCUUUGACGUUCUUCCGUCGAUUCCCCAACCAAUUUCGGGAACGCCGGCCUCUGAUUGGUUAACGUCCGGUAACGACAGCCUGUGAUUGGUUAACUUGUAAUCAGAGCGUUCGUUACACGGAAGUUUGAUCUAAAGUCGGUUGGAAGAAGGCUCCACUUCGGCGGGCAGGGCACUCUGACCCCCCGAUAUAUUUUCUUAGCAGGGGAAAACCUGACGUACCCCGUUUACAUACAAUCAAACAAAUUAAUUAUAUUUAGGAAACACUGUUUGUUCAGGGAGUGGCGGAGGGAUUUAAUGGCCGGAGUGAAAUGUCUUUGUCGGUGGUUUAAGUCUCCUCGACCCGGCGGCCUCAUCCGUCAUCUGACGUAAGCACAUUAGAACCAGCUGUUAAUUAUCGACUCUGUGUGAAUUACAAGUCACUUUUCCUUUUAAACGAAACAUAUCUAACUAUAUUUAUUGCUGACCGUGCCAAAUGUUUGUGAGGGUUUUUUGCCAAGUCGUCGGGAAGUUUCUGGUAAACUGUAUACA